AGUGUCAGUAAAGCGUAGUGUUCAAUUUUUAUGUUUGGCUUGGUAAAACAAUUUGCUUCUAUUAUUUCCACAUUUUAAACAAAUUUUUACUAUAAUCAUGUCCGACGAUUUUAUACCUUUUAACCAGAGCACGCCUUUGCAAGGGAAAUGGCAAGACAGGAAACAAAACCAAAGUCAACCAAGAUAUCAAAAUAACCGAUUUCAGAACGGGAAUAGAAGAGGAAACAAUCAUAAUAACAGAUGGGGCAAUAAUUCCCAAAGGAAUAGUAGUUUCGGGAGUGACAGUAACAGCAGUUUUGGCAGAGAUAAAAGCAAUAUUGAUGCAUAUUUGCACCCUGCAAUGCUAAAAGACCCUUGGGAGCACCUUCGGCAAGCUAGUCAAUAAGUUUUAUUUAAUGUAUGUUAAUACUGUACCUACCUAACUUUUAUUAAUUAGACAUAAAUUAUGCUUUGUAAUAAAAAUCUUAAUAAUGUA